UCGGUUGAACCGACGACGACGACCACCGUUAACCGCGUAUUAUAUACCUGUACUUGCCCUUACCACCUAUAUACGACGACGGAUCUGCUGCAGCGCUGUUCAGAUAGCUGUCGUCGUCGUAGUCGUCGUCAUCUCGUUACAUCCGUUUCAGUGGCAUAUCUAACCUCUUCCCGCUCGCGCAAAAACAUCUUUAAUUUCGCGCCAGUCCAUCUAUAGUCCGCGAAGAAGACCAGUAGGGUUACCGCCCGCGUUCACGUCCCGCCAAAGUAUUCGUCCGCCGUGGCUGCUGCAACAGAAGAUGGCGCUAAAGAUAUGGACAUUUCUGUUAGUAAUGUCACUGCCGGCUGCUGAGCGUGGACGCAGUUUCGGUUCAUUGGCGGCUGUAGUAUUGGGCAAUAUCGAUUACCACCAAAUCCAACAUAAACUGUUCAGUCCCAACGGUAUCGGUGACAGUGACGGUGACGGUAAAAUAACUGUUUCAGUUCCACCUGCAAUUCCACCUGCAUUUCCGCCGACACUGUGGUGGACUGGCCAUCGGGUAGACAAGCGGGCAGCCCCUAAGAUAACCAACAAGAACCCGUUCGCGACGGCCGCGUCUUCGGUAACACCAUCAGCAGACGGCCGAUGCAUGGCCCGCGUGCAGUCAGCACUCGGCGACAUGAUGUCCUCAGCGACGGGCACCAAAAACGGGAACCGACGUCACACCGCCGUCCCGCAGCCUCCGUCCGGUUUCAUGGACUUGUCCGGUUACGCGCUACACCAACGGUUGCGGACAGCGCCCGGCGCUGAAAUGUACGUGACCGGGAUGCGAGCCAAAGUAAUGCCACCGCGUGACGCCGCCGCCGCGGAAUCGUCACCAAACGGCGGCGACACCGGUGGCUUCGGUGGCGGCGCGGGUGGCGACCGUUCGUGGGCUCGAGUGGACGGGUGUCGGUAUGAUCCGCUAGGCAACACGCUCGAGGCACGCAUGCGGUUCGGUCGCACGUUGAUGGUUUCAGGCUCGGUGCGACUAUUGUACGGUGGUGGCGGCGGCGGCGGCGGCGUUGGUGAAACCGGAUGUGACAUGACGUUGCGUCUCAGGCCACGGGCCGGUUUGGGUUUCACAGCAGCGCCGCUCACUGUGCCGGAAAAAUCACCGCCUAACCGCCUGACGGCCAUGCCGACGAUGACCAUUCGCACCACGGCCACGUUCAUCGACCCCGAGCCCGCCGACGACCCAGCGGCGGCGUACGUCAGCGUGCACUCUUAUAAUUGCGUGGGUGGUGCCGCUGGAUUCCCCGGAAACAGGGAACGGCCGGUUGCAACGGCCGCUUCUUCCGACCGUUACGAACAGUUUUUGUCGUCCGAAUUGGGUGGAGGUGUCAGCGACGAACUGCUGCUGUCGGCCGGCGGCGACGCUGAUGUGGACGUAGACGACGGUGGCGCAGAGUCUGGUGGUUCCAGCGACGAGCGUAGCGGUCGACGCCCAUCGCCGUCGCCUCCGUCGUCGUCGUCAUCAGGGUCCGAUGAAACCGCACCCGCCGACAACCCUUCCGUUACCGACAACUUCCCCUUCGUCUCGGCCGGCUUCGUCAACCCACCUGCACCCAGCCCAGAACCUAGGCUACGCAGGAUACAAUACCACAACAAACUACCCCAGCACCCACUGUUGACCAUCGCCACUGGUCCUGCUGCCACCAACAAUCCGCAUCACCAGCAGGCGCAGGACCAACUCCUCAUGGAAAUGGAAGACGUGUUCGUACGCGGCGUUCGAUCCCUGUUGGCCAAACAUAUGGAACGAACCCUGAAACCCGUCUUAAAGGAUUCACUCAUGGCAAACAUGGGCUACACAGUAUCGUACGGUUGACAUGUUAUUACUGUGACAUUACAAUAUCCAUGCACAGCGCAUUAAUCAAUUUUUUUUAUUUUUUGUUUUAUAUAAUAUUUAUAUAUUAUAAUUUAACCGGUUAGUCUAUAAUAUAAUAAUAGUACCUACUUGGUUACAUACAAUGCAAUAAUUUAUUUUGUAAUAUUUAUAUUUAACACACUAUAUUUUAAUAAUCAAUCCCGUUUGUGUUGCUUUUAAACAAUGCCAACGACGGUAGUCGUGUAAAACCUAUUAUUAUGUUGUAAUAUAUUAUUAUAGAAGGUGUUAUUUAUAUCAUACACAAAUUAUUUAGAUUCUAUAAUGGAGAAUGCGUCAUUAAAAUAAUAUAAUAUAUCAUUAUACUUGUGUUAGUUGUGAAUAUUAUGCGAAAAACAAAAUCUGAAAACCGUCGUUCAUGUCAUAACGGUUAUUGAGGCAAUAAGUUACGUUAGAUUGGUGUAAAAAUAUUACUAGCAAAACUGCACUUUUUUAUAUUUAUACCCAAAUUGAUUUUUGUAAUAAUACAACAAUUAAACUAUCAAUAUUAUUUCAGA